ACCAUGCCAUCCAUCAGCAGUGACCGAGCUGCGUUGUGUGCUGGCUGUGGGGGCAAGAUCUCUGACAGAUACUACCUGCUGGCCGUGGACAAGCAGUGGCACAUGCGCUGCCUCAAGUGCUGUGAAUGCAAGCUCAACCUGGAGUCUGAGCUCACCUGCUUCAGCAAGGAUGGAAGCAUCUACUGUAAAGAAGACUACUACAGGCGGUUCUCUGUGCAGCGCUGUGCCCGCUGCCACCUGGGCAUCUCAGCCUCAGAGAUGGUGAUGCGUGCUCGGGACUUGGUUUAUCACCUCAAUUGCUUCACAUGCACCACGUGUAACAAGAUGCUGACCACCGGCGACCACUUCGGCAUGAAGGACAGCCUGGUCUAUUGCCGCUUGCACUUCGAGGCACUGCUGCAGGGUGAAUACCCGGCACACUUUAACCAUGCCGACGUGGCGGCGGGCGCAGCGGCUAAGAGUGCAGGAUUGGGCGCAGCCGGGGCUAACCCACUGGGUCUUCCCUACUACAACGGUGUGGGCACUGUGCAGAAAGGGAGGCCGAGAAAGCGCAAGAGUCCUGGACCCGGGGCGGAUCUGGCAGCCUACAAUGCCGCGCUGAGCUGUAAUGAGAACGACGCUGAACACCUGGAUCGUGACCAGCCCUACCCCAGCAGCCAAAAGACAAAGCGCAUGCGCACCUCCUUCAAGCACCACCAGCUUCGGACAAUGAAGUCUUACUUUGCCAUUAACCACAAUCCCGAUGCCAAGGACUUGAAGCAGCUCGCGCAAAAGACCGGCCUCACCAAAAGAGUCCUCCAGGUCUGGUUUCAGAAUGCCCGGGCCAAGUUCAGACGCAACCUUUUACGGCAGGAAAACACGGGUGUGGACAAAACGUCCGAUGCCACGCUGCAGACAGGGACGCCAUCGGGGCCUGCCUCGGAGCUGUCCAACGCCUCGCUCAGCCCCUCCAGCACUCCCACCACCCUCACAGACUUGACUAGCCCCACCCUGCCGACUGUGACGUCAGUCUUAACUUCUGUGCCUGGCAACUUGGAGGGCCACGAGCCCCACAGCCCUUCACAAACGACUCUUACCAACCUUUUCUAAUGACUCGUCACCCCCUUCCCCCCAGGUCCCCACGAUUUCUUUAA